GGUUCGGGGAGACGUACCUUCUACCUUAGACCAUGGCCAAGUUCAUCCGUAACUUCGAGGAGAAGGCACCGUCGAUGGUGGCUGCUGCUGUGACUUACUCGAAGCCUCUAUUGGCUGUAUUUUGGCACUAGGUUCCCCCAACCCCUGGUGAAAUCCCUACAGCUAUCCAGAAUAUGAAAAAAAUAAUUCAAAGUGCUAAAACUGGUAGCUUCAAACACCUUACACUUAAGGAAGCUGGGCUGAAUGGUUUGGUGGCCACUGAGGUGUGGAUGUGUUUUUUUAUCGGAGAGAUCAUAGACAAACAUGGCAUUGUUGGCUAUGAUGUUUGAAGACCAAUCUUUAACUUCACAUUUGA